AUGGACGAAGAUAGCUACACUUACGAACCGAGAGAUAAAUCAGGACCGAUGGAUAUCGAUCAAAAUUAUGAUACCUCACGAUUGGACGCUUUCAACUUUGUUGGUAUGGGUUUAGGUGAAGAUGGACCAGCGAGGAAGCGACUGCACAGCGAGCUAGACCGAGCAAUACCGUUCAACCCCCAUCCAGCAUCAGGUUUCGCCCAUUUCACGAACCCUUCCUCAGACUCUGCACCUCUCCUCUUAGCAGCCCUCAACACACCUCGUAAAGCCCCUUCGUACGAUCCUUCACAAUGGUACAAUACUGCCCCACGUACACCCGCUGCGACUAGCCUGGCCACACAACUAGACGUCGAUAUGGACAGUCCGGCUCGGGUGUUGUCGACUCCUGCGAAAGCUGCUGAAACGCCUCUGAAGGGUAAGGAAGCGACAGUUGAGGAUGAGAAGGAGCACGAUCAGGAGAAUAUGAAUGAAAAAGAUAGAGACAGAGAUGAACAGAAUGAACCACCUCGGAAAUACGCUAAAGGUGCUGUGACGAGGACUAAUAAGAAGAGGGAGAAGGCUAGGAAAGAGCAGGGGAGGAGUGAACAAGGGGUCUCUGUCAGACAUAGCGAUUCGUCCACUCCCAGUUACUCGAAAUCUGAGCAUCAUUAUAAUGUGCACAUGACACCUCCCGCUCUGAGGCAUUCGGAGAUACCUGCUUUGCUGCUAGGAUAUUUACAAUUCGCGGUAAACGCUUCGAUUGUCUUAUUCUGCUUAUAUUUCGGCAUUCAGUUUGUCUUGACUGUCAGACGUGAUGUCAAGGAUAAGAUGCAGGAACAUUCCGUUGAGAUCUUACAAGAAAUCGCAGAGUGUACGAAUUUAUACCUUACCAACCGAUGUGAUCCAGCACUACGAGUCCCUGCCAUGGAAGCACCAUGUAAAGCUUGGGACGCAUGUAUGAACCGUGAUCCUACGAUGGUAGGACGAAUCAACAUCAUUGCCGAGACAUUUGCGGGGGUCAUAAAUAGUUUUGUCGAUCCAAUAAGCUGGAAAACAAUGAGCUUUACCCUCGUCACGUUAACUUUCCUUAUCAUACUUACCAACUCUGCAUUAUUCAACCUUCGAGCGAAAGCCUCUCAUCAUGAUAUCUCUCCACCAAAUAACAAUUUCUGGCCACCCCAGAGCCACUUUAUGCCUCAGCUUCCACCUCAUAUGCCUCAUCCUCAACAUCAUAUGCUAGGUCCCCAACACCCACAAGACUCGAUGCCACAUGAUGGAACGAGGCAGAUAGGGUGGACUGGAGAAGAGAAGAAGAAGGGUUGGUGGUGA